AUGGACCCCGUAUCUCAUAAGAUGUGUGUUGGACCGGAUUACAGGCACCCAUUACAAAAACCUACAGCCACAGUCUCAAUACCUAUGCAUUUCGAAAACGUUCACACGUUACCCCAAACACCACAGCUUAUCGCCCUUUUAACUAUAAUCCGUGACCAAUCAACAGCCCGCGCAGAUUUUAUAUUCUACAGCAACCGCAUAAUCCGAUUGCUUGUUGAAGAAGGCUUGAAUCAUCUGCCAGUGAUAGAACAUUCUGUUACUACGCCUGUUGGUCAAACGUAUGAAGGUGUCAAAUUCCAAGGAAAAAUAUGUGGUGUGAGUAUCAUGAGAGCAGGUGAAGCCAUGGAACAAGGGCUACGUGAUUGUUGUCGAAGUGUACGUAUUGGUAAGAUUCUUAUACAACGCGACGAGGAAACUAGCCUACCUAGGCUUUUUUAUGACAAGUUGCCCAAAGAUAUUGCUAGUCGAUGGGUUCUACUGUUAGACCCCAUGUUCGCUACCGGUGGAUCAGCGACUAUGGCAGUUGAAGUCCUGAUCUCACGCGGCGUAUCCCAAGAGAGAAUACUAUUCUUAAACUUGAUAGCUAGUCCCGAGGGAAUUGAAAGCUUCGCUAGUAAAUUUCCGAAGCUACGGAUAGUUACAGCAUUUAUUGAUCAGGGUCUAAAUAAUAAAAAAUUAAUUAUCCCAGGCCUGGGGGAUUUCGGUGAUCGAUUCUAUACCUUGUAG